CUGCUAAGAAAUCUUCUCUAAUCGCUAAGUACUCCUCUCUGCUUUCUAAAAUUGUUAUUCCAAGCAAUGACUCUUCAAAAACUGUUGCAGAUUAACCAUUUGAAUUAGACAUUCGAAUUAAUUUUCUAUGAACGUUACUGGCACCAGUUUUCUAUUUUACAUCACAGCAGUGAUCUACCAGGAGUAGGGGCUGUCUCUAUUCUAUGCCUAGAGGCACAGACAAAUCUUUGAUUGUUACUUUGCAGAAUCUAUUUGAGAUUGCACCAAAAUGGAUCUUGAAUGUAUGGAGAAGAUCAACCAUUACUGUCAAAUAAAUAAACUUACACUGCUUUAUGACACUGCUGCGAUGACUGGCCUACCUCAUGAUCCUGAGUUCACAAUUGUGGUCAAACUAAAUGAUGUGGAAUAUGGUACGGGCACUGGUAAAAGUAAGAAAGAAGCAAAAAGAGCAGCAGCAAAAAAAACGUGGGAAAUGAUUGAGAAACAGAGUCCUUCAAGUAUGGGUGCUGCAGAAUCAGCAACAACUCAAACAAUCUCAUCACCUGAACCAGACAGAGACUAUGUCAGUCUACUGAAUAUUUUUGCACAAAGGACACGGCUACAAGUUGAUUAUCGUGAAAGAACUCGUACUGGAGAUGCCCAUGCUCCCAUAUUUUCUUGUAGCUGUACAAUUAGUGGUCAGGUGUAUGGAAGGGGCACUGGACCUACUGUAGCUGCUGCAAAACAAGCUGCUGCGAAACAAGCAUUUGAGAAGGUGGAAACUGAAAAAUCUAAUGGCAAUUCAAUACUUAGCAUACAUAGUAAUUCCUCUGAAGUGCCAACUGAGUCUGAUUCGAACAGUAUUUCCUUUGAAGACUCAGCCCCAAUGUUGGUAGAAAAAAUGAAAGACAUGGCAGUAUGUGAAAAGCUUUCACCUUCUCAGAGAAAUGCACAGAGUUCUGCCCUGAAGUCCAAAAGAAAAUUGGCAGCUAAUUUUCCUAAUGUAAGAAAAGAGGAAGAGAAAAAAAAUAUGUCAGAUUCAGAUGAAAGUUUGCCAGAUGUGGACACGAAUACCAGAAAAGGGAACGGAAAUCCACACACUGUUGAUAAAACAUUUCUUGAUAAUUUUAAAAAUAUAGAGCCUAUUGGUGAAGGUGGUUUUGGGAAUGUUUUCAAGGCAACAUCAAAGUGCGAUAAGACAACCUAUGCAAUCAAACGAGUUGAAUUCACAAAGAAUGUAAGGCGUGAAGCAGAAGGACUGGCAAGACUUACACAUGAAAACAUAGUGCGGUAUCAUUGCAGCUGGAAAGGGUAUGACCAUAUAACUAGUCAAGAUGCAAGCCUGAAUUCAGACAAAACAACUCGCUGUCUUUUCAUCCAAAUGGAAUUCUGUGAAAAAGGGACCUUGGAAAAGUGGAUUGGAGAGAAUAGAGAACACCAAAACUAUCAUGAAAUGGCACAAAACAAAUUUUUACAAAUAAUGAAAGGAGUGGAAUAUAUUCAUUCUGAAAAGUUAAUUCAUCGAGACCUCAAGCCUCUGAAUAUCUUCAUAUCACAUGAUGAUAAAAUAAAAAUAGGUGACUUUGGUCUUGUGACUCCUGUGGCAUAUGAGACUCUGACUAAGAACAUAGGAACAAAAUCAUAUAUGGCACCAGAACAGUUCGGGGACAGAUAUGGAAAGGAAGUAGAUAUUUAUGCACUGGGACUAAUAUGGUUUGAAAUUCUUUCAGCACUUACUAAUCAUGAGAAAAAUGAGGUAUGGCCUUCUGUUAGAGAAGGUCAUUUUCCAAAGAGUUUCACCAACCAAUUUCCACCAAAGGCAUCCAUAAUCAAAAAGAUGCUUUCAACAGACCCUUCCAAGAGACCCUCUGCAACUCGAAUACUUGAUCUUGUCAAGUCUGUUGAUAAAGAGAAGUCAGUUAAAAAUUAUACUUGUUAAAUGCCCUUUUAAAAGGCUUUCAGACUGUGUUUAAAUCCAGAGUUUCAUGGAUUUAUUGAAACUGACAAAAUAACAAUAGAUGUAAGAAGCAACAGCAAGACUUGGGGUAUGUCUUCUCCUUGGUGCUUUGCCUUCCUGCCAUUGUCGAGUCUGUCAGCUCGAAGGCCACAUCACCACUCAUGUCCACUGGCUCCAGACCAGGACUGGAUACUUCUGCAAGAAAUCACUUGCAAUUUUUACCUGAAAAUACAGGUUGUGGAUGAGCUGAACUGUAUUCUACAAAUAAGUAAAAGAACCUAGUCCUUUUCUGUUAGAAGAUUAUGUUGAUGGGCUUAAGUGCUAACUGGCCUGUGGCAAAUCCCUGGAUGUGGUGCUGCAUCCAUUAUUCUUUGAGGUUAUCUGUUGCUUUCCAUGGAAGAAGUGCUGUCUUCUGGUAUGUGACUCAAACCUUUCUGAUUUUUCAGUGAUACUUUUAAUAAUUACUGGAAUGCUCCCAUUAAAACUAAGACUAGUUUUGGUAAAAAAGAUACUAGGAAUAGGCAUGGGUUAUUCUUCACUGAAUUUCAGUACUGUAAGGUGAGCUUUUUUAUCUGUUUACAUCUGUUGAUGACCUAGCACCUUCAGUGCUCUAAAAUUUAAUAAGAUAUACUUUUAAAGUAAGCAUUUAAGAAUUUAAAUGUUAAAUGUUCAGCUUCUAGGAAAUCUACUUGAGAAAGUUCUAAACUUCUGAAAAACUUGGGUUUUGAUGGUUUGGUUUGUUUUUAUUUUUUUGAAAGGAACACUUAAGGUGCUAUUAAUAUAGCAAAAUUCUCCAGAGUUUCCUCAGUAGUAAUCAUUUGAAGUCCUAUGCUGAGAGAGCACUUUUAACAUUCCUUCCUAUGCUGCUAGGUUUUAAUCCCUAUUAUAAUACUGAGGAAUGCCUAACCCUUAAUUCAGUGUACUGAAUACCUCUGGUGGUUCCACUGUCAGCCCCACAAAAGUUAACAGCAGUUUUUCUGUUACUCUUCAGUUAUAUACUUCAAAGAGUUCAGAGUUGCCUGAACUCAAAGUAUUGUGUGUGGGGUGGUGGGGAGCAGGGCGAAAAGACAGGCAUGUUAGUCCUUCCAACUGCUUGCCUUGGAGCUGUAUCUUGUCAAACUGUUCAGUGCUGUAGAGCCAACAUAACUCUAUAAGGGCAAAUGAAGAGAGAUUUCUAAUCAGAAAAAUAGGUAAAGUACUGUAUGCCUUUCCUGAAAUGUUAAAUGGGUUCAAAGUGGGUGAUUGCUUAAAAGGAAUAAUGUAAAUGAAUGCAUGCUAAUUUUUAUAAUCUUAUGCAAAUUAUUGCUGUUCUACUGUGAAUAUUUGUUGCUAAAUAAGAAUCUGAAUGUACAUACUUUUGUAAGGCCUUAAGCAGUUCUGGGCUUUUUUUCUCAUUAUCAUGAAUCAUACAUAUAGAAUCAUAGAAUGCUUUGGGUUGGAAGGAACCUUAAAGAUCAUCCAGU